AUGGCGACGGCGGAGGAAAUCAAGUAUGAUUCACUUCCCAGUCUUCCUAUCGAUCUGGUCGGUGAAAUAUUCUGCAGGCUACCUGUGAAACUCCUCCUACAGCUCCGAUGCAUGUGCAAGUCAUGGAAUUCUCUAAUAUCCGAUCCCCUUUUCACCAGAAAGCACCUUAGCCUCUCAACCACUAGCCGCCUCCAUUACGCCUACUACAAAUAUGAACCACACGAAUUAAUUCACGAUUCUUUCUCACUCGAAUCGGUUUUAACCAAUAUACCCACUAAAUUCAACCGCUGCGACCGCAGCGGUCGCAGAGGUCGCUGCGGUCGCGACCGAUGCGGUCGCUUCGGCUGCGGUCGCAAUCUUUACAACAGUAUCGUUGGUUCCUGUGACGGCAUCCUUUGUGUUUGCGACAAAUCUAAAGGUGUAGUUAUAUUGUGGAAUCCUUGUUUUAAAAAGUUCAAGGAGUCUCCCCCUUUUGAAAACAGUGAAAUUCUUACCCAGGUUUCUUCGGGCUUCGGCUUCGGUUACGAUCACGUUUCUGAGAAUUACAAAGUGGUUGUUCUUUACUACUCCAAAUAUAACUUGUUUAAAACAAAAGUAAAAGUUCAUACUUUAGGCACCAAUUGUUGGAAAACCAUUGAGAGCUUUCCUUUUGGUGCUCAUGAGCAACGCUCCUCAAUAUACAUAAGAGGUACACUUAAUUGGAUCGUCUAUACUGAGUGGCCUCGGAAAGAUCCCCGCUUCAUUGUGUCUUUUGAUUUGGGAAAGGAGUCCUAUCAGACGCUUUUGCCUCCCGAUCAUGCAGAGAUCGGUCUGCAUUACUGGAGUUUGUGUGUCUUGAGGGACUGCUUGGGCUUAAUUUUUGAUAACCAUGUUUGGGUCAUGAAGGAAUAUGGAAUUUAUGAUUCUUGGACUAAAUUGUUGUCGGUUUCAUACAUGCAAGAUCCUAGUAAGGAUUAUUUCUUGUUCAAUGCAUUGUAUAUUUUUGAUGAUGACCGAGUGCUUCUGCAAAUUCAAGAGGAUUCGAAAAGAAAGCUGGUUCUUUACAAUCCAAAGAAUGAUACUUUUAAGGUUGCUUCGUUUAAAAACUACCUAUACGUCUGUCUUGAAAGUUUGAUUUCACCGUGUUAG